AUGGGAACCACAGAAGCCACUUUGCGGAUGGAGAAUGUGGAUGUGAAGGAGGAGUGGCAAGAUGAGGACUUCCCCAGACCUCUCCCAGAAGAGACGGGGAUGGAGUCGCUGGGCAGCCCUACAGAAGACGAGAAUACAUCCUCUCCCCCAAAUACAUUAAACUUUAAUGGGGCACAUCGUAAGCGGAAGACACUUGUUGCACCUGAAAUCAACAUUUCCCUGGACCAGAGCGAAGGCUCCAUUCUCUCCGAUGACUUCCUGGACACACCAGAUGACCUGGACAUUAAUGUGGACGAUAUUGAAACUCCUGAUGAGACAGAUUCCCUCGAAUUCCUGGGGAAUGGGAACGAACUGGAAUGGGAAGAUGACACUCCGGUAGCCACAGCCAAGAACAUGCCUGGGGACAGCGCAGACCUGUUUGGGGAUGGUGGGACAGAAGAUGGGAGUGCUACUAAUGGACGGCUCUGGAGGACUGUCAUCAUCGGAGAGCAGGAGCACCGCAUCGACCUCCAGAUGAUCAAACCCUACAUGAGAGUGGUAACGCACGGAGGAUACUAUGGAGAAGGCCUCAAUGCCAUCAUUGUCUUCGCUGCCUGCUAUCUCCCAGACAGUAACCUGGCUGAUUACCACUACAUCAUGGAGAAUCUCUUCCUAUACGUGAUCAGUAGUCUGGAGCUGCUGGUGGCUGAGGACUAUAUGAUCGUGUACCUAAACGGAGCAACACCCCGGAGGAGGAUGCCAGGCCUUGGCUGGCUGAAGAAAUGCUAUCAGAUGAUAGACAGAAGGCUGCGUAAAAACCUCAAAGCGUUGAUAAUCGUGCAUCCUUCAUGGUUCAUCCGGACAGUGCUGGCUAUAUCCAGACCCUUCAUCAGUGUGAAGUUCAUCAAUAAGAUCCAGUAUGUUCACAGCCUGGAGGAACUGGAGCAACUUAUCCCAAUGGAGCACGUACAGAUUCCAGACUGCGUCUUACAAUUUGAAGAAGAGAGGAUCAAGGCCAGAAAAGAAAGGGCAGAAGAGAAACAAGACAUGGCUGAGAAGGAAAGCAGGCCUGUGCCCCCAGCAGAGGAUCAAGAAACCAGGUUUGAUUUGUACUUCACUCUCUCAUUCGUCUCUCUCUUUGUGAUUGGUUUCAUUGUGUUUGUAAUCCACUAA